CCUUAACUAGCCUGCGACCGACCGAACGACCGACCGAGCAAUCGAGCAAUCGAGAAUCCCCACCGAGCCGUUGAGCGAUCAAUCCAUUCGUUUCCCCGGGCCGUUUCCCCCAAGAGAACCCGUACCAUCAAGCCGAUCCUUCAAGACGUACGGCGGUUGUCGGGAGACUGUAACAUUGCUACGUUCGAUAUCACUCCAACUAGUGCGCCUUACCAUUGCGACGUAGCUGUCAGCUUCGUCCGACUUCGAGCGCGCAGGUCCAUGGCUGCGACGCCAGCUCAGCCGUGGCACGUUGCGCUGAGCCUUACAAAUAGUCUUGCUCAACUCGGAGGCUGCCCAGAAAUAAUACAAAAACGUUGAUCUAUCAAAAUGAGCGACCAUCCAACACCUUCGCCCCGACGGGCCUCAGUGUCCUCUGCUUCCCACCAGCAGUCCAUUCCAUUGCGCGAUCUACGACCGGUUCCAGAGGGACAAGAGGGCGGCGGUGGGAGGACUAGCGAAACCAAUGAUAACGUCCGCAAUUCGGGAGCCGGACUUCAGAUGCCCUCGCCUUCGGCUGCUCCCAUUUCCGCCAACCUUCCUGGGCUCUCGACGUAUUGGGAGCACCCUUAUCCCGACCGAAGCGCCGCUGAUUCGCCAAUCGACCAUAUGGCGCUUCAGUUCGCCUUGCCUCCGAAUAUUUCUGGCCAUGGUCAUGACCCCUACAGUGUACCGAACCCCUAUUACGAGGAGCGUACCGAUACGGACUCUUUGGAGUCGGAUAGUGUCCCUCUGAAGCCCGCAGCCCAGCCCAUCGGUCGCUUGGACGCACCAGAAGGAGAGGCUGUACCAAGGGAUAGUUUCCAGACCGUCUCUGAUCUUGGUGAUGGUUCCUCGCGACCCCGCAACACCAUGCUUGGUUUUGAUCUGGAAAACAACUUUACCGCGGACCGUCACCGGAGUUAUGGAGAUAGUCUGGUUCCCGAUGAUAGCAGACGCCGCUCUCGGUCACUAUCAACGAGUGGCGCUUUGUCGAGGGCAGGUUCCAUUAUGAGGGCCAUGUCUCAGCGUGUUGUCAUGAUCAGUGGAGAGGGUGACUUGAUUGACCAGCAAUCGCAACGAGACCGCUCACGCUCGCCGAGCAUGGAACGCCCGCGGCCGGGCCACGCAUCGGGCCCCAUGCUGGUUGACACCUCCUAUCCGUCACAAAUAGGACAAAACCCCACGGAAAAGCGGCCUGAAUCGCAUCAUGUCUAUCCACAGCAGCACCCAGCCUUCAGGCCCCGGUCACGACACGACCCUAGGAACAAUCCGCUCAAGGGCAAGUCGCUGGGGAUAUUCCCCCCUGACAAUCCACUGCGCUUAUGGCUCUGCGAUUUGUUGGUCAACCCAUGGGCUGAGCCAUUCAUUCUCGUCUUAAUCGUUCUUCAAGCCGUCCUACUAGCUGUUGAGGCCGCACCAGAUGUGUUGGCUGAUGGAAACGGUCGGCCUGAGCGCUGGGGUAGCACCAGGAUAGACUGGGCCAUAUUUGUCCUGUUUGUCAUCUUUACUAUCGAACUCAUAGCAAGAAUCAUUGUGUCUGGCUUCAUCAUCAACGCCCCCGAAUAUGAGGAAGCCAAGAACAAACGCCGCUUUCGCGAAAGGCUGGCCGAACAGUAUCGGGUCAUAUUCCGACCUCAGCGUCAGAGGUCGGUCCGUCAACCCCGACAAGAGCAAUUUGAGCCUGCUCCGUUUACGAGAUCCUUUACCAUGGCCCACAGUCAAAUCCAAACGCUCGAAGAUCAACAGCGACGCCACCUGGCUCGCCGCGCGUUUCUCCGCCAUGGCUUUAAUAGGUUGGACUUCGUAGCCGUUGUCUCCUUCUGGAUAUCCUUCGUGUUAGGCGUCACUGGUCUUGAGAGCAAGCACCAUCUGUACGUCUUCCGCAUGCUAAGCUGCUUGCGCAUCAUUCGAUUACUUGCCCUUACGAAAGGGAAUCUGAUCAUCUUACGAAGUCUGAAAAAGGCCGCGCCGUUGCUCGUUCGAGUGUCCUUCUUGAUGGGUUUCUUCUGGCUUCUCUUUGCCAUCAUUGGCGUGCAGAGCUUUAAGUCAAGUCUGAGUCGUCAAUGUCUUUGGAUAAAUCCCGAUGAUCCCACCAACUUCCAAGCAGGUUAUACGCCGGACAUGACUUUCUGUGGAGGGCAUAUCGAUAACGCGACUGGUGAAACCAUGCCUUGGGUUUAUAGUGACGAAAAGGAGUCCCUAACUGAUUUGAAGAACGGAACUUCGCGUGCCAAGGGCUUCAUUUGCCCGAGAGGGUCGAUAUGUAUCCGGCAACAAAAUCCCUUCAAUGGAACGGUCAACUUCGACGAUAUCGGCCAUUCUCUGGAGCUCGUGUUUGUCAUCAUGAGCGCCAACACCUUUUCGGACUUGAUGUAUUACACCAUCAGCUCGGAUUUCCUCCCAUCGGCCCUCUUCUAUGGUGCUGGCAUUAUUAUCAUGAUGCUUUGGAUGACCAAUUUGCUGAUUGCCGUCAUCACGUCGUCGUUUCAGGUCAUCCGAGAAGAGUCCAAGGCUAGCGCUUUUACUGCGGAUGAACCUCCUGGCAUGACUUCAUCUCGAGUUGAUGAUGCCGUGCGCAGACCGACAUUGUUGCAAAAGAUAUACAACAGGACAAAACCUUUGUGGAUCUUGAUCGUCGCUUUUGGACUUUUGGCCCAGUCUCUCCGCAGCGCCAGGAUGAAGUCGGACCGAGAGCGUUUCGUCAAUAUAGCAGAGCCUGUGGUCACUCUUCUGCUAGACGUCGAAAUCAUCAUCCGCUUGGCUGCAGACAUCCGAGGUUUCCACCGUAGGAAACGGAACCUUGUCGACCUUGGGCUUGCUGUAGCCACCUCGAUUAUCCUCAUCCCUCCUAUCCGGAAUUCUGGCCAGGUUUACAAUUGGCUUACCGCGUUCCAGAUCCUGCGAGUCUACCGUCUGGUCAUGGUUAUUCCCAUGACAAGAAAAUUAAUUCGGCAAGUGCUCGGAAACGUAACCGGUAUCGGUAACCUGAUGUCGUUCGUCUUCCUCAUCACUUUUCUGAUGGCCAUCUUCGCAGCGCAAUUGUUCCGUGGCGAACUACCGAGACAAGAUGAUGAUGGAGAUGAGAUCAGAAUCCCGUUUAACACCAUUUAUAACUGUUUCCUCGGAAUGUAUCAGGUUAUGUCGACUGAGAAUUGGACCGACAUUCUCUACAGCGUCACUGCCAGCACCCACCACCUGCACACUGCUUGGAUUGGCGCCAUUUUCCUCGUCGGCUGGUUCAUUCUCGCUUACUUUAUUCUAAUCAACAUGUUCAUUGCCGUUAUCCAAGAAAAUUUCGAUGUUGGAGAGGAUGUCAAGCGUCUUGAACAGGUCAAGGCAUUCCUCCAGCGCAAGGAGCUGGGACAUUCUUCUUCGAGCAACCUGGCAUUAUCAAAAGUUUUCAAUUUUGGCCGGUCAAAAAAACAGAGGGAUCCGCUCGACUAUGGCCCUGCUAUGAUGGAGAUGCUUCUGAAAGAGGCCGUGGUACACGACUUCCUUGACGACGAUAUGGACCCUCUCCAGCAAAGCGCUCCCGAUGGCCAACCAACUCCCCAUCUGGGUAGUAGUACAACCAUGGAAUAUGACGGCGUCACUCCCGGGAUACUCUCCUCUUUUUGGGGAAAAUUCGUGUCACUGUUUACUAGCCGUGAACCCAACCCUUUCUAUUCGAACGUCAAUCUGGAUGGGCUAGGUGAGAAUCUCGAUCCACGGACUAUGGCCGCCCAGGCGAUGAAUGCCACAAAACGCCGCCAGAGGCAACAGAGAGAGUACCUGAUGCGCCACCCCAACUACAACAAUUCCCUGUUCAUUUUCAAACCCAGAAAUCCCAUACGACGAAUUUGCCAGAGUCUGGUCGGCCCUGGUCGGGGAACUGAGCGGUUCGAGGGAGCCCCGCCUAAUACGUAUGCAUGGUACACCUUCUCGACUCUUAUUUAUGCGGCCAUCGUGGCCAUGGUGGUGCUGGCUUGCAUCACCACACCCUUGUACCAAAAGGAAUAUUUCGAAAAGUAUGGCAAAACGGCGUUUAACUGGUUCGUCUGGGCAGACACGGGGUUUGCUAUUGUCUUCACCCUUGAAGCUCUCAUCAAGGUUAUCGCAGACGGCUUCCUUUGGACACCAAAUGCAUACUUCCGCAGCACUUGGGGUGUGAUUGAUGCCAUUGUGCUCAUAACUCUUUGGAUCAACGUCAUCACUCUAUUUACCCGAAACGGAGCCGUGUCUAGAGCUGUGGGUGCCUUCAAAGCAUUAAGGGCCCUGCGUCUGCUCAACAUCAGCGAAAGUGCAAGGGACACUUUCCACUCGCUCCUUAUCGUUGGCGGGUGGAAGAUCUUGAGCGCUGCUUUCGUUUCCAUCUCCCUACUUAUUCCCUUUGCUAUUUAUGGAGUCAACCUUUUCCACGGUAAACUGCUUGCAUGCAACGACAGCUCGGAGGGAAUAGUCAGACUGGAUGACUGCUUUGGUGAAUGGAACAGUACUCCUUACAACAACGAUUGGCCCGUUCUUGCUCCGAGAUCAGUAUCGAACCCAUACUUCAGCUUUGACGAUUUCGGCUCGUCUCUCUUCAUUCUUUUCCAGAUUGUGAGCCAGGAGGGCUGGGUUGACGUGUCUUUCGCUCUUCAAGCCAUUACCGAUAGGGGUUUGCAGCCACAGUCAGGGGCUCCCUACAGCGGCCAGGGAAACGCGUUGUUCUUGGUCGUCUUCAACCUAUUGGCGACAGUCUUUGUGUUGACGCUCUUUAUCUCCGUCUUCAUGAGAAACUAUACUGAACAGACAGGUGUUGCUUUCCUGACGGCCGAGCAAAGAUCCUGGCUCGAGCUGCGGAAGCUUCUCCGCCAAAUCUCGCCGUCAAAAAGUUCAUAUGACGAGAGCAAGAACAAGUGGAGGAUAUGGUGCCAUAAACGUGCCAUCGAGAAGCGAGGGAAAUGGUAUGUGGCCAUCACCAGCGUUCUGGUCUUCCAUCUUGUCCUCCUUCUCUCCGAAUUCGACAGCGAGCCAGAUUGGUGGACAGACACCAGAGACGCUUUGUUCUUGCUCUUCACUCUCAUCUACAUCGCCAACAUCGUGAUUCGGAUUGCGGGGCUUGGCUGGAGCCGCUUCCGCAAGAGUUCUUGGGACAUGUUCUCCCUUGUCACUGUUACUGGUGCAUUCGCCACGACGAUCCUUUUCAUGACCAACACGAAGCUGGACACGUACAUUCAAUUACACAAGUUCUUCCUGGUGGCGAUCGUCCUAAUGCUCAUUCCCCGCAAUGAUGCGCUCGACCAACUAUUCAAGACAGCUGCCGCCAGUCUGACAACUAUCGGAAGCCUGUUGGCCACAUGGCUCGCCUUCUUCCUGGUGUUUGCGAUUGCACUUACACAGACGUUCAGUCUUACCCGUUUCGGAGAGCAAACUGAUUACAAUAUCAAUCUCCGCACGGUGCCGAAUGCCCUGCUCCUACUCUUCCGGUUCAGUUGCGGAGAGGGUUGGAAUGCGGUCAUGGAAGACUAUGCUAAGAUCAAACCGCCGCUUUGUGUUGAGGGCGUCGAGUUCUCUGACAGCGAUUGCGGUAGCACCGCAUGGGCGCGUGCCCUUUUCAUCGCGUGGAACAUCAUCAGCAUGUACAUCUUUGUCAACUUGUUCGUUUCGCUGAUAUACGAAAGUUUCUCGUACGUGUUCCAGCGGACAAGCGGGCUUGCCAUGGUGGAUCGGGACGAGAUCCGGCGCUUCAAGGAAGCAUGGCGCAGUGUUGACCCUUCGGGAACUGGGUUCAUCAGUAAGGAGGCUUUCCCGCGCCUCUUGGGUGAACUGUCGGGCGUGUUUGAGAUGCGCAUCUAUGAAAGUCAUGACUCGGUGCGCCAGAUCCUCGAAGAUGUUCGUGGUGAAGAUACGUCAAGCAUCAGACAUGCCUCUAUCGUUAGUACCACGCAGUUUCAAACCAGCUUGGAUCUCAAAAAGUUAAACGAACGGAUAUCACAAAUUGAUGUCGCCAAGGUGCGAGAACGCAGACGACGGUUCAACAUCUUCUUCGAGGAGGUUAUGGUGUCUGCGGAUCCAGAGAGAGGCAUUUCCUUUACCACUGUUCUUAUGAUUCUGGCACAUUACAAGAUUAUUAACGACAGCAAGAGCUUACGUCUCGAGGAGUUCCUUCGUCGCCGCUCACGUCUCCAACGCGUUGAGGAGGAAAUACACCGUCGCACCGUCCUCGGUUUCUUCGACAUGAUUUACUACUCUCGCAAGUUUCAGCGCCACAUGGAGCUCAAGCGGUCUGCUCGGCUCACGGCGAUUCCACAGCUGGGCGUGCCAGAAAUCUACGUGGAUAACGAUCAAACAGACAAUGAACAGCAAAACAAGGACAGCAACGGCAACAACAGCGCGAGAGCUAGCGGAAGCGGCAGCGGUAGUGCUGCUGGUACGAAUCCUUUCGAAUCCACACCCACGAAUCCGUUCGGCUCUGGUUCCAGUACACUCAAUCCCGGCGGUGCCGCAUCCUUCCUAUCGGCAGACAACGCUCGCGCAGCUCAUCACCGCAGCUGGUCUGGGGUGAGCGCCGAUCUUUCGUCGUUUGAUACCUCGUACGGCCAUCCACUCGCCGGCCCUCGCGCGAACCAGUCGUCCAACUCGGCGUCACAUCGCAACACUCAUGCCUACAGCUUUGAACUGCACGACUCUCUAGGAACCGGAGGAGGGAACGCCCCUUCGCCUGGUGGCUGGGGCGGCGGGUCAGGGACGAUAGGUAGCAUGGGAUUGGGCGGCGGAAGUGGUCUGGAUGAUAAUAACGGCGGAAGAAGCCCCGGCGGCGAUGGUGCCAAGCGCGGAAGCUCGGUCCGUCCCGCGCAGCUCAGCUCCAUGCUGGAUGAUUCCGUGUGGGUGGCCAGUAUCAGGAGGAGCGCGACAAUGAGACGGGGCCAGAAUAAUACGGAUUGGGGAGGAGGGUCGAGAACUUCGGGAGGAGGGUACUCGGGGGCUUAUUGAAUGACUUGAAGAUGCGAGGAUGAUGAGAGGUUAUGGGGAAAGAAUAUUUUAUUAUGAUUUCAUUUUUGCACACAUGGUGCGUCUUUCUUGAGCAAGCCGGGGCGUUAUGUGGUUGUUUCUUGAAGUCUAUAAUGCGACUCGAUAUGUCAUU